AUGCAGAAGAAGAAGCCUGCAGCACCAACCAGUCAGGUGAAAAAGAUGACCGCCACUUCAGCACCAGGUGCGAAACCAUCCAGCAAAAAGCGGUCACAUACCAUAGUAAGAGACUCAGAUGACGAGGAUGCCGAGUCCAUGGAUGAAGACCUUAGAGCUCAAAAGAAAGUCCGAAGCACCGCGCCAGCCAAAGCUCAUCAAAACGAAGAUGACGACAACGAUGCUACUGUGGAUCGUGAGGUCGACUCCGAUAAUCCGAACGGCUCAAAUUUGGAUGAUUCGGACAUUGAUGAAGGAGAGAAUGAGUCACCAAGAUCAAUCGCAAGAAAGCUCUUUGAUGAGGUCCCAGAGUCAUUGGCGCUCCCUCCAAGUCAGUAUCGUCGACAACAGUAUCACCAUCAAACGGCAUCACGUGAAAAUUCAAAGCCAACUGCGCGUGAUCACAAACACGCAACAGAGAUCCCUGCCUGGGCUGAUGAUGUGGCGGUCUCAGACUCUGAAUCUAGUGGUGAUCCAGACUCGGACGAUGCAGGAAGCACUACAACAAGAAGUUCGAGGAUGCCUGUACCUCCCGUGGCCAAAAGUAAAGCACACCUAGUGAUAACUGAGUCAGGGAAUGUGAAGCUCCUUGAUCAGAACCUGGAUACGAAGAGAGUCGUUAAAUGGGCGAUUUUGGAUGCAAAGAGUCACCUUGUGUUUGUUGACAGGUUCCCAGAACUGAUCAACAAAAAUCAGCUUUCACACAAGUUGUUGCUAACCGUUGCUGGGGAAUUGGGUCUGCAUGAGAUCGAAAAGCAUCUGCACUUGGACGAGAACUAUAUCACGCUGCUGGCUGCCCUGGUAGAUGCCCACAUCCCAAUCCUGCGCCGUGAACUGAAAGACGAUGCAUUGGCAGGCGUCUCCGGUUACUUUCGUCUGGGGCACAUAGACACCGACAAGGCCAAAAGUCUUCUUGUGCAGCAUGCCUAUAUCUACGCUCAAGGUGUUCCUAAACCCAUACCGAACAAGCCCUAUCAGGGUGAAUUCUUAAUCGCCCUAAUUCAUGGCCGCAUUUUCAAUGGCGCACAGUCUGUCAGUGUCCGUUUUGCACAACACUUUAUUGAGAUCGCGCAAAACAAAGCCAACCGUCCAGAGGUUUCUAUCCCCAUAGUGGCUCUCAUUGCAACUGCGGUGUAUGCUGCACUGUUGUGGAAGUCAGUGGGUUCACCUGCGAAGUUCAGUUUCUCAGGUAAUCAGUUCAGCGAGACUUACUUUUUUCAUGCGAGGUUCUUGGAAAAUAUGAGGGAUAAAGUACCAACAAAAUUCCAUCGCAUGAUGGCCGACAUUUACGAGGCUGUACAGCUUUUGAGGUGCACUCAUACUGAGAAAACUGCAGAGCAAGAUGCAGCUCUCGAUCUCCUUGACAUUGAUGGAAUGAUGGAUGAUGACUCUGACUAG